UAUUUUCUGCUCUCUAAUUCUAAAGCUCAUGUCAGCCCUCCACAAAAGCCCGUAGCUUAUCUUCUCUCUUCCGCUAGACAUCAACGGGGGACACUAAAUCAGACCAAAUCCCUUCUCGCCAUUAUCAAAUUUCUCUCAAAAACUCUAUACAAGAUUGGGUCUUUCGCUUUAUUUUCAUAAUAUUAUCCAAGAUGCUCUCAACUACCAGCAGAUGCCUUUCUAAUUUUCGGCUUCAUCGGCUAAUGGGUUUUUUUGAUUCCGUUUCUUAUAGUACUUCUACCAAUACACAAGCGAGAGGUAAAAGCAAAUCUUAUUCAUUCGAUAACAUUGAUGAUGCUUUGGCUUCUUUCCAGUUGAUGCUUCAUAGUAAUCCCUCACCAUCUAUUGUCGAAUUUAAUAAAUCAUUAUCUGCACUUGUUCGAAUGAAACGUUAUGAGACUGUAAUUUCUCUUUACAAACAGAUGGAAUUGUUUGGAAUUUCACUCGAUAUUUAUUGCAUAAAUAUUUUGACUAAUUGCUUUUGCCAUCUGGACCGCGUGGAUUUUGGGUUCUCUCUUUUGGGGAAAAUCUUGAAACUUGGUUUUCAGCCUACCAUUAUAACGCUUAAUACCUUGAUUAACGGGCUUUGUAGUGAGGAUAGAUUUGAUGAAGCUGUGGAAUUAUUUGAUGAGAUGGUUGCAAAAGGCUAUCAACCUGAUGUCUAUACCUAUAUUGUCUAUACCUAUAACCCUUUGGUAAGGAUUAGAUUGGUUAACUGUUGUAAGGAUAGAUUGGUUACUGAGGCAUUGGAGCUCUUCUUGAAAAUGAAGAGUGAAGGUAUCUCUCCGAGCAUUGUGACUUACAACUCUUUAAUCAAUGGUCUGUGUACGUCAAGCCGAUUGAAGGAAGCUUUUUUGCUGCUUAACAAAAUGUUGAAAGCCAACAUCAUGCCAGAUCUAAUUACAUUCACUAUAUUGGUUGAUGGUCUUUGUAAGGAAGGAAGGGCUGCAAAGGCUCAUGGUAUAGUCAAAUGGAUGAUUCAAAGAGGAAUAAAGCCUGAUCUUGUGACUUACAACUCUUUAAUCUAUGGUCUGUGCAAUUCAGGCCGAUGGAAAGAAUCUUUUAUGCAGCUCAAUGAAAUGUCAGAAGCAAAUAUCACUCCAGAUUUAAUUACCUUAAAUAUAUUGGUCGAUGGGCUUUGUAAGGAAGGAAGGGUUGCAAAGGCUUGUGGUAUUGUCAAAUUGAUGAUUCAGAGAGGAAUGAAGCCUGAUGUUGUGACUUAUACCUCUUUAAUCUAUGGUCUGUGCAAUUCAGGCCGAUGGGACGAAUCUUCUAUGCAGCUCAAUGAAAUGUUGGAAGCGAACAUCGCACCAAAUAUAAUUACCUUCAACAUAUUGGUCGAUGGACUUUGUAAGGAAGGAAGGGUUGCAAAGGCUCAUGGUAUAGUCAAAUGGAUGAUUCAGAGAGGAAUGAAGCCUGAUGGUUGUGACUUACAGCUUCUUCCUUCAACAUAUUGGUCGAUGGGGCUUUGUAAAGGAAUUUGUAAGGAAGGAAGGGUUGCAAAGGCUCAUGGUAUAGUCAAAUGCAUGAUUCAAAGAGGAAUAAAGCCUAAUGUUGUGACUUACAACUCUUUGAUAAAUGGAUAUUGUCUACUCAACAAAAUGGAUCAAGCUAGGGAAAUUUUUGGCAUGAUGCUAAGCAAGGGUUGUACACCUGAUGUUGUUACCUACAGUAUCAUGAUUGACUGUUACUGUAGGAGAAAAAGGAUAGAUGAGGCAAUGAGGCUUCUUGAUGAAAUGCCACGCAAAGGAUUGAUUCCUGACCAUGUCACUUAUAAUUCUCUUAUACAUGGCUUGUCUAACACAAAGAGCCCUCAGGCUGCAUAUAAGUUUUUCAAGGACUUGUGUGCUAGUGGCCAUUCUCCAGAUGUGGUAACCUACAAUAUUUUGAUAGAUGGCUUCUGUAAGCAUCAGAGUCUAGAUGUGGCGUUGUCCCUAUUUCAUGAAAUGCAGAAAAACUCAUUGAAGCCUGAUAUUAUUGUCUAUAAUAUCCUAAUUGAUGGUAUGUUCAAAGCUGGAAAAAUUAAAGAUGCGAAGGAACUGGUUUCUAGACUUUCCAUAGAAGGCUUGCGCCCUGACGUUUACACAUACAGUACAAUGAUCAAUGGACUUUGUAAAGAAGGAUUACUAGAUGAAGCAUUCAAGCUGUUCAGGAAAAUGGAAGGGGAUGGUUGCUUCCCAGAUAGUUGCUCUUAUAACGUGAUUAUCCAAGGAUAUCUCCGGCACAACGAUUCAUCCAUGGCAACACAACUUAUUGAUGAAAUGGUUGGCAAGGGUUUUUCUGCAAAUGGUUGGCAAGGGUUUUUCUGCAGAUGCCACCACCACAGAGUUGGUAAUAAAUUUAGUUAUGAACAAGCCUGAUGACCCGCUUGUACAAAAGCUGCUAAACUACUCUAAACGUUCUCAAGAUGUAAACUUGAAGUGAGAUUUCAGAAUAGAACAAUUAUUAUACUGUCGCAAGAGGUUCUGUUUUCUGCAAUUCAAUUUGUAUGUAUUAUUAUCUAUUUGCAUUUGCCCCAUUUGAUAUGCAUAUAAUACAAUUCUACAUCCACUGUGGAAUAUUUACUCUCUGUUUUUUGCUAACCAAA